AGGGCCGGACUACAAAGCCCAGCAUGCCUCGCCCCUCCCUGAUCAAUGAGGGCUUAUUUAAAUGAUCUCUGAGGUCUUGGACCCAGGCCAAUCAGCUGUCAGGGCUCAUGAUAAAUCGCAAUGCAUUAUUGAUAAUAAUAAUUACUGGGACAUGCGCGUUCCGGCCGCAGGGGGGUAAAUUUCCCAACUCCAGGGAUCCGCGGCGGAGAGGGCGAGGACGCGCGGCUGUCCCGGCGCCCCGAUGCCCGCACCAUGUCCAGGCGCAAGCAGGCGAAGCCCCAGCACAUCAACUCGGAGGAGGACCAGGGCGAGCGGCCGGCCGCCGAGCUCGCAGACGCGGCCCCAGCGGCGCCGACGGCGGGGGAGCCGGGUGCUGCAAUGAACCAGCCGGGGACUGGCGAUGACGCGCCCGGGGACAGAGUGCCUGGAAAGCGGCCGCGCCGGGAGGAGACGCACAUCUGUGAGAAGUGCUGUGCCGAGUUCUUCAGCCUCUCCGAGUUCUUGGAGCAUAAGAAAAAUUGCACUAAAAAUCCACCUGUCCUCAUCAUGAGCGACAGCGAGGGGCCAGUGCCUUCAGAAGACUUCUCCGGAGCAGUCCUCAGUCCCGGCGGCAGGGACAGUCACAGGGAGAGCGGCGGCAGCUCGGGGGACACCAAGGAGAAGCUGGGCGCGGAGUCUGUUGUCCACUUGAAGGCGGAGACCACCCUGCCCCCGCCACCACAGGACAUAAGCUAUGUACCCAAAGGCAAAGUGGCCAGCACUAACGUGACUCUGCAGGCGCUCCGCGGCACCAAGGUGGCGGUGAACCAGCGGAGCGCGGAUGCGCCGCCGGCCCCGGUGCCCGGCGCCAACAGCAUCCCGUGGGUGCUGGAGCAGAUCCUGUGUCUGCAGCAGCAGCAGCUGCAGCAGAUCCAGCUCACCGAGCAGAUCCGCAUCCAGGUGAACAUGUGGGCCUCGCACGCCCUGCACUCGGGCGUGGCCGGGGCCGACGCCCUGAAGACCUUAGGCGGCCACGUGUCCCAGCAGGUGUCGGCGGCUGUGGCUUUGCUCAGCCAGAAAGCUGGCAGCCAGGGUCUGUCUCUGGAGGCUUUGAAGCAAGGCAAGCUACCUCACGCCAGCAUCCCGUCGGCCGCCGGCUCCCUGUCCUCGGGGCUCACGCCCUUCGCCCUGAAGCCGGACGGGGCCCGGGUGCUGCCCAGUGUCAUGUCUCGCCUCCCGAGCGCUUUGCUACCUCAGACCCCGGGCCCUGCGCUCUUCCAGGGCCCCUUCUCCACCGUGGCGCUAGACCCGUCCAAGAAGGGCAAGGGCAAGCCCCCCAGCGUGUCCGCGGUGGACGUCAAAACCAAAGAUGAGACCGGCCUCUGCAAGCACAAGUGUAAGUACUGUAGCAAGGUUUUUGGGACUGAUAGCUCCUUGCAGAUCCACCUCCGCUCCCAUACCGGAGAGAGACCCUUCGUGUGCUCUGUCUGUGGUCAUCGCUUCACCACCAAGGGCAACCUCAAAGUGCACUUUCACCGACACCCCCAGGUGAAGGCCAACCCCCAGCUGUUUGCCGAGUUCCAGGACAAAGUGGCGGCAGGCUCUGGCGUCCCCUUUGCGCUCUCGGUCCCCGUCCCGGUAGACGGAGCGAGUCUCUCGGUAGAUAGCAAGCCCGUCCUCGCGACAGGCGCCCCCUCCGUAGGGCUACCUCAGAACCUCUCGUCGGGGACUAACCCCAAGGACCUCCUGGGGGCCCCGCUGCCCAGCGACCUGCAGCCGCCAGGGCCUUCCCCAGAAAGCGAGGGUGGCCUCGCGCUAGCCGGGGUGGGGCCCAACCACAUCUCCCCCAGGGUUGGUGGCUUCCAAGGGAGUGCGGUCCCCGAGCCAGGGUCGGAGACCCUGAAGUUGCAGCAGCUGGUGGAGAACAUCGACAAGGCCACCACCGACCCCAACGAAUGUCUCAUCUGCCACCGAGUGCUGAGCUGCCAGAGCUCCCUCAAAAUGCAUUACCGCACCCACACCGGGGAGAGGCCCUUCCAGUGUAAGGUGUGCGGCCGGGCCUUCUCCACCAAGGGCAACCUGAAGACGCACCUCGGGGUGCACCGGACGAACCCCGCCGUCAAGACGCAGCACUCGUGCCCCAUCUGCCAGAAGAAGUUCACCAACGCCGUCCUGUUGCAACAGCACAUCCGCAUGCACAUGGGCGGCCAGAUCCCCAACACGCCGCUGCCCGAGGGCCCCUGUGACUUCACGGGCCCCGAGCCCGCGCCGGGCGCCGCCUGCCACGACGACAGUGAGGGCGUCGACCUGGACGAAGUCAGCCUCCAAGAUGUGCCCAGUGGCUCCUCCAAGGUCCCCGCACCCCUUCCCGGCGUGCACUCGGCCUCCCCCACGCUGGGCUUCCCCGUGCGGGCCUCCCUGGACGCCGCGGGGAAGGCGGGGGCCGCCCCUCUCGGCCUGCAGCGGCAGAGCAGCCGAGAGAACGGCUCGGUGGAGAGCGACGGCCUGACCAACGACUCGUCCUCGCUGAUAGAAGACCCGGAGUAUCAGAGCCGAAGCCCCGACGCCGCGGAGUCCGCCUCCUUCCAGGCGCCCUCCCCGGCCAAUAGCCAAGCCGAGAGCGUCAAGUCCAGGUCUCCCGAUGCCGGGAGCAGAGCUGAGAGCUCCGAGAUGGAAGGUCGGAGCAGUCUCCCAUCAACGUUCAUCCGAACCCAGCCCACCUAUGUCAAGGUUGAAGUUCCUGGCCCGUUUGUGGGUCCCUCAACCCUGUCCCCAGGCACGACGCCUUUGCUGGUGGCCCAGCCGCGCCGCCAGGCCAAGCAGCACGGCUGCACACGGUGUGGGAAGAAUUUCUCGUCCGCCAGCGCUCUGCAGAUCCACGAGCGGACUCACACCGGCGAGAAGCCUUUUGUGUGCAACAUCUGCGGCCGUGCGUUCACCACCAAGGGCAACCUGAAGGUGCACUACAUGACGCACGGGGCGAACAAUAACUCGGCGCGCCGUGGGAGGAAGCUGGCCAUUGAGAACACCAUGGCGCUGCUAGGUACCGACGGGAAGAGAGUCUCGGAAAUGUUUCCCAAGGAAAUCCUGGCCCCGUCGGUGAACGUGGACCCUGUCAUGUGGACCCAGUACACCAGCAUGCUCAACGGUGGCAUGGCUGUGAAGACCAACGAGAUCUCCGUGAUCCAGAGCGGCGGCCUUCCCACCCUGCCCGUCUCCCUGGGGGCCAGCUCCGUCGUGAGUAACGCCACUGUCUCCAAGCUCGAUGGCUCCCAGUCGGGUAUCAGUGCCGACGCGGAGAAGCCGGGAGCCGCCGACGGCGUAGCCAAACACCAGUUCCCUCAUUUCCUGGAAGAGAAGAAGAUCGCAGUCAGCUAAGCUCAGGGGACCGGGCCUGGAGGAAGUACAGACAGGGCAAUCCUAGCAUUUAUUUGUUCCAUCUCCUCCCCUGUUUUCUUUUUUGCUUACUGACAUGCAAAUGAUGUUUACGGUUGUGACCGCAACCUCAGGCAGUCCUACAAUCAACAGCGAUGCCAUGCUGCUUUGCAAAAAGUGAAAAAGUCCAAAAACAAAAAAUCAUACCAAAACAAAUAGACUAGAAUUGUUUUUUAAUUUUGGAAAGAAGCGGGUCUUGCAAAGUAGCUCUGUUACUUGCGCCACAUGUAGAACCUUUUGUACAACCUAGAACCUUUUGUACAACCUAGAACGACUAUUUCCAAAGACUGACCUGUUUCAGGUUGGAGCUUACUCAACCACAGUGAAGAGAACUGUGCCGCCUGGUGUGGGGGCGGGGCAACUGUAGGUGGGCAGGUGGGCAGAUGGACAAGGUCUGUCAUCUGUUUCCAGACCCUCCCACUGUAUACCCCCAUCUUUUGGUUUGCUUUUUGAAUGUAACUUAAAACAAAUGAACAAAGAAACUAAGGUUGUAGAAUUCCAAAAUUCCUUCAGCCUUAGAACCUUAUGUAGGAUGUCCUUAAAUGGACAGAUGUUGGGCCUUAGGGAGUCAACGUGUGUGUUGCUGCUUAUUUAAAUACAGUUCCCGUGGAGCCCCAGGAGUUCCCUUGUAAUGCCAACGCUGCCCAGGUGUCUCAGUCCUCCCACACCCCAGAAGGGGUGGGCGCCUGAGUGGGCGGUCUCCACCGACUCCAUGCAGUUCCCUGGUGCCGGGUCGGUUGAGAAGUCCCUGGGGUUUCAUUCUUAAACUCAGAGAAGGAAAUGUUUCCUAUCACGGGCUCACAUACUGAUUUUUGUUUUGUUUUGUUUUCCUUGAUGCGACUUAUGCCAAGUAAUUAUGAAGAUUUUUUUUUUUCCCUCUGAGUAUUGCAUGAAGGCUACGAAGUUGGAACAGGCGAGUCCUGGGUGUAAAAGCUUUAAUUUAUCUACCUCAUUUAUGUUUUAUUUUUGUAGCCAUAGUCUAUUUUCCUAUUUUAUGACCACUGAAGUAUUCCCAGGUCCUGUCUUUAAGCCGAACGGUUGACGUUGGUGGGAGCAGCUGGACUUUCGUGAUUCCUUUUUUUUAACCCCCCUCUUGUCCACGUAGUGACACGGAGCUGGUGUUGAGACGUUGCUCCGUUGGUUUAGCAAGCAAAGAGGAAGACCCUCUCAUCCUGGGGGAGGAGACCCUCUUGGACACGUGGAUCAGGACUGUUACCCAGAGUUCCUCUUAGUUAUUGCACCUGACUUUAGGAUCCAAACGUUUUGCCAAGUUGUGCCUUUCCUUCUGGAAUUGUAAGUGAACACAAUGACGAUUGCUGUUUACACUGUGAAGCGGAUGUUACAGAGAACACGCCAGUGGCGCUCACUGUUGAGCUAAUGACGCCUUGUGAAUGUAAGAUCUACAGAGACACCCCUGGAGUUGUACCUGCUGAUGCUUGUCUGUUUGUUGGAAAAUAAAAUUUGAAUGUUUUUUUUUUUCCCACCUGACGUGUACUGUAAGUUUUU